CUAUAUAAUGAAUUAAGAUUAUUACAAAAAUACUUUGCCCACGUAGGUGUUUUCAGUAUUAAUACAGACAAUAGUUUAUAAUUAUUAUGUAAUUAUAUACUAUUCUGGUGUGUGCUGUUACUCCAUCGUUUUACUUUGACAUAUACUGUAAUUUAUCGACUUUGCUGCAACUAAACACACCACUGUGUCACUUUACUUGAGAUGGUAUUGCAAUAUUACAUUAGUUUAAGUGCAGCAGCAGUCAUGAUGGGUACUUAACAUCUGUGAUUUUGACUGGGAUCGCUCUUGUUAAUUUUUGAUUGUUAUAUCCAUAACUGUUUGUGUUGUUAUGGGUUGCAGGAGAGCUGGAGCCUAUCCCAGCUGACAGUGAGCGAGAGGCAGGGUACACCCUGGGCAGGUCACCAGACUAUCACAGGGCUGACACAUAGAGACAGACAACCAUUCACACCUACGGCCAUCUUUAGAGUCACCUGUUAACCUAACCUGUAUUAUUUUAUGUACUUAUUUAUUUCUUCCUCUUUUUUCAAUAUGUUGUGUUGUCAGGGUGUUAGUGUUGCAGAAUAUAGUUUCCUGUAAUGCAGUGUAUUGCUGAUAUAAGCAGCUGUAAAACCUUGACUGGUGUUUUCACUGGACUCACUCAGAGAAGUGGUCCUGAAUCCACUCUGCUGCUGUCUGGUUGUUGUCGGCUGUGCUCUACAGUCAUGGGUGCAGAUCUGAUGACAAGUUUGGGGGGGGGGGGGGGCACUAUCAGUUAUGAUUUUUUUUUUAAUUGCAAAUCGUGCCCAUGGAGCGCUUGAGAUUGCCAGCAUAUGUCACGAUUUCAUAGAGGCUCAUCACCAUCACCAAGUCAUUCAAAAAGCAGUACAAAGAGAAUCAUAUGCUUACCUUUACUGUUUAUUUCUCUUCAACAGCCAGUAGUACAUGGGGCCAGCCAUCACCCUCCUUUUCACUGCUUCGCUGUUAGUUAAUGCUAUUUCUAGUUUCAGGGUCUCAGGCAUGUUAUGUCCACUCACGUUCUCAUCUCUCACCUCUCACAGAUUCCCAUUUCUCCUCAUCAUCUUCCCUUUCUCCCAGUAUAUGGGACUACUGUAUACAUCAGUGGAUAUGGAUGAUUAUCAGAAUAUGAGACCCUAACUGAGUUUGGCUUGGCUUGCUUGGGGCAAGUUGUGUUUUUCAGAAAUUGGGGGAGACAUGUACACUUGCUUUCAAGAUCUCAAAAGUACAAAAGUAGUAGCCUCAAAAUAUACUUUAAGAGCCAAAAGAAAAAGUACUCAUUAUGCAGAGGGGUUCAUUUUAGAAUAAUAUAUAUUAUAUCAAAAAUGAUAAUUAUUGAUGCAUUAAUAAGUUAAUCACUUUAAUGUUGCAGCUGGUUAAAGUGGGCCUAAUUCAGCUGGGUAGCUUGUCAGUUUCACUGAAGGAUCAAUAAAGUCUUUAUCCAUAAUAAUGCAUCAAUGUGUUUAUUUAUUAGGUCUACAUUUUCUAUAUUAAUCUGAAUCUGCAAAGUUGUCAACUAAAUGUAGGCUAGCUAGUUAAGUGAAAAGUACCAAAAUCUUCUCUGAAAUGUUGAGUAGAGGUAUAAAGUGGUGCAAAAUGGAAAUAGGCCUAUUAAAAGACAAGUACCUCAGUGUUGUACUUGAGUCCAGUGGCCUACAGUAACUCUCCACCACUGGAGCUCUGCUGCUAAAUGCAGAGCUCUUUGAAGCAUUUAGAUUUUUAGCCCGCUUCUGUUCUGCUCUUUCUGAUGUGUGGCAAAGGGGUGUGGUCAGAUGUGUAACGACAGCUACUUAGAGAAAUCUUAGCUCAGGCUGCUUGUAGCACUUUCUCUUCAAUGUGACGCAGUGAAACUAAUGUAACAGUAGCCUAUGCUGAGGAGUGGAGACAUGGAAAGGAAGGAACUUGAGGAGGCCUUGUGCUGCUACACCGCAGAUACCCUCACCUACAUCGACACAGUGAGAGGAUUCUGUGAGAGGAAACCUGAAUGGAUGCUGGGGAGGGAGACAGAGCUGCACAUAAUGAUGGAUAUCAAAGACAGGGCUGAUCAGAUCGACCUAAGCAUCGGCCAUGUUAAGCAGUCAAAGAACAGAGGUAAGGCUAUGUGGGAAUAUAUGAAGAGCAAGGUAACCCAGGUGACUGCAGACAGCAGGCGUGCAGAGCUGGAGACCGAGCUGGCUGAAGUACUUAAGGCCACUCUGGGAGGUCUGGAGGAGCUCGACUGCUUCCUGGAUGCAGUGGAGAAACUGGCGGCCACCUCGCUUCAUGUGUUCAUGGAGGAGAACCAGGUGCUACGUCUGCCAGAAGGGAUCAGCCCUGAACAUGUUCAGGUUGUCAUCAUUGCUGCACGGCUAAUCUGCCCUCUCCUCCUCGAGUUUAAAAGAGAUGCAAGUGUCUUCUUCCUUCCCAAACUUCAGAAUGUGGAAGUGCUGUCAUAUCAGCUGGACAGAUACAUUCAGACCACCAAGACAAUCUGUGAGAAGUUAGAGAAAAGCUCCCUCUGUGAGUUUUUCCUGAAGAACACAGAGACCCUGGUAGACCUCAAUGGAGAUUUGUCUGAAGAGGACAUACAAAGGAUGCUUUUUCACAUUAAUCAGCUUCAUGAAAUCAGGAUGGACCAGAACUUCCGGAUGGUGUUCUUGUUUCAGGAUGAGCCAUGUUCUGGCUUCACUGAUGAGUUCACCAAGCGACAGCCCAGAAUGCUACAGUUUCUUAAAGACCUGGAGGAGAAUGCUGUUCAGCUGGACAGGAUGAAUACUGGAGCAAAGAUCUCCAGUGUGGUAGGCAGCUCAGUGGGGGCAGUUGGAGGUGUGCUUUCCAUCGUUGGUUUGGCAUUAAUUCCUGUAACAGCUGGAGUGUCUCUAGGUCUGACAAUGACGGGGGUAGGGAUGGGAAUAACCAGCGGAGUCAACAGUGUUGUAACCACCAUCACAGAGAUUGGAGUUAACCGCAAACAUCAAAAGAAAGCCAGUGAAGUUUUCCAGAGGUUCAUGGAGGAUGUGCAGAGUAUCCAGGGUUGUCUGGAGGUCACCCAAAGCCAAACAAGCCAGAUAGAUGUGGUUCUGGGAGUUGGCAAGGUGCUUUGUAAAGCUGGUGCUAUUGGAAAAGGUAUUGAUUCACUUGUUGAUGCUGCCUCAGCCCUUAAAAUGUUAAAAAGUGAAGAGCUGGUGACAAGUGCUGGCAGAGUGGCAGUGCAGGAAGGAAAAGCAUUGCGUAAUGUGCCCAGGGUGGCAGCAGAUCUCCCAGAUAUUGGACAGGCAGCUGUCAAAGGACCUCUUGCCCUCUCCAAGUCAGCCAGGGCUGGUUUCAUCGCGCUCAAUGCUCUCUUCCUCGGCAUGGAUAUUAUCUUCAUCUGUAAAGACAGUAUCAGUCUGGCCAAAGGCAGCGAGACUGAAAUCUCGCAGUUAAUCAGAGCCAGAGCUGCUCUUUGGAGCUCUGAGUUGGACUCAUGGCAGAAGAUUCAUGACUCACUGAGCAAAGGUCUGCAGACCUCAGAGAAAAACAAAGCUAUCCUGGAGACGCCAUUUUAUCCAGAGCAGGAGAUGAAGAAACAAAAAGAAACAGAAGUUCCAUCUGUUGAAGUGGAUGAAAAUAAAAAAUAAACAAACUGUGUAAUACAGUAGCGUUGGUGAACAGAGACAAUAGCCCUUUUUACACAGAGAUAGCACUGUAAGAAAUCCCUCUUCAUGCCACCUUUGCAUUUCUACACAGAAGCAAACAACAGCAGCAUCAGGCUGCUCCAGAGUGUGAUUUUAGACAGCAUGCUGGCAUCGCAGAAUCCAAAGAGGAGUGACAGGUGUGGCAUAUAAUCAAACAAUGUCAGCCUCCAGUGUGACAUAUAACAUAUGUGUCAGCAGCACUUUAUAAAAAGUAACAAUUAUAUAACAUGGCAAUAACAAUCAUUAACCAUCCCCUGUUUUAUGGUGGCUGAUCACGUCUGCUCCUUAGAGCAGCUCCUUGACCUCAUUGUUUUCCCAAUUUGUGGACAUUUUCGGCCGCUAUUCUUUGAGUUAGCUGCUAACUGUUACUACAAACUUUGUAAGUCUCCUAUGAUGGGUUGCAUGCAUGGAUGAUAGUCGUCAAAACUCAAAUCCGUGCCACCCAUGAUCCCAUCCUGCCAGCUGUCCUGUUUAUACAGAUAUUGUUUCGGCGUUGUGAAUACCUCCAAUGCCAGCUUAAAGGUGAGACAACUCUGUCCCCCCACUCCACGAUUAUACCGCAUGGCGAGGCGGCAUAAUGGCAUGACAUUUCCGCUUUAAAGAGGGCUGUGUAAAAACGGCUAAUGGCGCUAAUGAAUGUCAUAUUGCCAACUCUGACACUUUGAUCAGAAUUGAGAUCCAUUUAAACUGUUUAGCAUCAUAGAGCAUUAAAAUGUAGGGAUUUUUAAUCAGCUGUAGGGGUGGGCGAUAUGGCCCUGAAAGAAUAUCACAAUAUCUAAAGGUAUUUUUGUGAUAACGAUAUUCUUGACAAUAUGACAUAUUAGGGAAAAAAUGUAUUAUUAAUUUAAGAAAAUAGAAUAAGUGAUAUAGUGAUAUAGUUUUACAUGUCAACCAGUUUGCCUUCAAAUAUUCAGUAAAAACUAAACAAAAAUUCUCUCAUUGUUUGUAAAGAACAACACUAACUCAGAGAGAGAUUCAGAUUCUGUAUACAAUAUUAAUAGUUCGACAAAAUAAAAUCUACCACAAGUUACACAUUUAAACAUCUCCCAAAUACAAAAAAUGCACCCUGGGAUCUAUAUCUAUAUAUGUGAAUCAACAGGGGAUUUCCUUCUCUUCUAAUUUGUUUUUUUCCCCACCUGGACCUUUAUGCUCUGUGACCUGUGACAGGCUGUUUUGCUAUAAUAACUAUCGCACAUUCACAUGUACGUAGUUCUUUGUUGAGCCAUAGGCGGCAUGUAGGUUUGCAUUAUCAAAGGUUUAAUCACUUGACGAUACUGACUCCUGUGUGCACACGGCAAUCGAGGAGGAGGAGAGAUGGAACCACCAUGGAGUCUGUAUUUAUUUUUGCCCUUUACCUAUGCUUGUUGUUACCAUGGGUAACAGUAUGACGUCAAUAUGUCAACAAGUUCAAAUAUCAUGAGUAUCAUGGUAUGAAUUUUUCAUAUCAUAUUAAAAAAAUACCAGUAUAUCAUGAACAAGAUGAUAUGGCACACCCCUAAUCAACAGUAAUUCUCAUGACAUAAACCUGUUUGAGUCAUGAAUUUAUUAACUUUUUGCUUAACUUGUUUCAAAACAUAAUGCAUUGUACUUUACCUGAUGAUAAAUGUGAAUAUUCUAGAGCUGCAAUUACUGCCAUGUACUGUAUGCAAAAUUAUCUACAUUCCAUAUGAUUCUGCAUUAUUCAUAUGUAUAGUUCAAUCUGCACAUUUUUCCUUCACAAAUAAAUAAUUCAACUUUUAAAAA